AUGUACCAGCGGGCGUUGCAAGGCUAUGAGAAGGCCCUUGGACCAGAUCACACAUCGACCCUUGGAACAGUCAACAACUUAGGCAACCUCUACUCUGAUCAAGGCAAGCUGGUGGAGGCCGAGCAG